CUUGUAUUCUUUAAUAAGGCCCUCCAUUGUAUCUGCAUUGUACAGUUUUAAUCAUACAGCUGAAAUUUGGUAUAUCACAUUGAUAUCUUAAAUAUAUUGUGAAUUGGAAUUCCCAACAGCUUUUUUAUUUAUAGCCAAGGAUGAAUAUAGGUACAGCGACAAGUGAGGAGAACCCCACUCAUUCGUACCUGGGCUCGCGGGGAAUUUGGAUAACUUAUGUCCUGAUCGUGUUGAUAACACACUUCAUGCUUCUCACAAUUCCAUUCUUCUCAGUGGCUGUGGCCUGGACUCUCACAAAUGUCAUUCAUUGUAUAAUAACAUACUUCAUGUUGCAUGUCACUAAAGGCACCCCAUGGGGCACCCCAGAACAAGGGAAAGCCCGGACCCAAACACAGUGGGAACAAAUAGACUUUGGACAACAGUUCACUCCAACUAAAAAAUUCCUGACAAUAGUCCCAAUAGUGAUAUUUUUCUUGGCCAGUUUUUACACAAAAUAUGACUCUACACAUUUCUGUAUAAACUUGGCUGCGCUAGGCUUCAGUGUAAUUCCUAAACUGCCCCAGUUACACGGCGUACGAAUCUUCAACAUCAACAAGUGGUGAUUGAUUGACUCCUAACUACACACACUGGCUUCAGACCUGAAGUCUUAUUUUAAAAAAGAUUAAAAAACAACAACUGAAAAAGUUAUCUUCCAAAGGGAGGUAACUUAUCUGUCGGUGAAUGGUUUUCCUAGGGGAGACAAUCUCUAUCCAGAACGCUGUACUUGUUAAUAGGAACCUAUGUGACUUUUAAUGGGACUGAUAAUUUUCCCUUUGAUUUGUGAUAGUGCUGCAUAAUUUGCUGUCUAGAAUAGAAAGAGAACAGUUUAUGUGUGCAUUUUUGAGAUUGAUAUGAAAGCUUCUUAGUGAGAGAGAUCAAACCUACAUAUCCGUGGUCAUUUGUGUGUUUGACAGAAUCUUUGUCUCAUCCUGUAAUUUGUGAUCUAUCUUUGUCUUGUAAAUGAAACAUGUACAAAAGUGGUAUAAAUGUUUUUUUAAUCAUGUUGACCAAUGCAUGUAUUAUCUUAUUAUUCAUAUACAUUACCAGUGUUGUUAUCAGAUAGCACAUCUGUGAACUCUUCAAUUCCAUCCAUUCUUUCUUAGUAUUGGAAGGUAUGCUAAUCUCUACUGUAUAUGUCUAUAGAUUACAACAAUCUUGUAAAAAGGAGUCAUACAUUUUAAGAAUAUUUUCAAUAAAAACAGAUAAAUCUUUUUGAAAUUUUGUCAGAUAUGUAUAAGUAUUUUCUAAUAAUAAGUAUAAUGUUUUUCUAUGUGUAUUUGAGAAAUGUUUGAAUUACUACACAGAAUUUUCAUCUUUCAUCAAACAUUGUCAUUUUUAAUGUCUUCUACUAUAAUCAUUCACUUUAAUUAAGCUGAUUGAUGUAGCAGUUAAGCAGAAUUUUAAUUUAGCAGUAAUUGAUAUGCCAGCUACAGAAGCAAUUAAGAAGAAGAUUGAGCAACAAAUGAGUUGUUGGUUAAUCAACACUAAUCACGCAUACAAUUGGACAGUCAAGAAACAAAGUGUCAGUUUAGCAACAAUUGAGCUGUCAAUUAAGCAAUAUUUGAACAGUCAGUUAUGCAACAAUUAAGCUGUCACUUAAGCAGCAAUUGAACUGACAGUUAAGCAACAUUUGACCUCUCAAGGAAGCAACAUUUAGCAGUUAGUUAAGCAACAAUUGAGCUGUCAAUUAAGCCUCAAUUGAGUAAUCAGUUAAGCAACAAUUUAGCUGUUAGUUAAGCAACAAUUGAACAGUCAGUUAAGCAGCAAUUGAGCUGUCAGUUAAGUAAUAAUUGAUCUCUCAAGUAAGCAACAUUUGAGCUGUCAGGCAACAAUUACGCAGUCAAUUAAGCAGCAUUUAGCAGUCAAGCAACAUAUAAGCAGUCUGGCAACAAUGAUGCCUAAGUAUUAAUUGAGCUGUCAGCUAAGCAAACAGUUUUGCAGUCAGUUUAAAGUGUAGCUGUGAUAUUGAGGUCCUGUUGAUUAUUUAUUACUCGUAAUGAUAACAUAAAUGCAGAGUUCAAUGUAAAAUAAGUAUAAAUUUUUGCUAUUUACUUUUUUAAAUCAAGUCAACAUGAAUCUUUGCACUUACGUGUGUUUUUCAAAUGCUGUUUUCUCUUCCUUCAUUUAAAAUUCCUUUCUCCUAAAUAUACUUGUACAUAGGUUAAAAUGUUUUUUAUUAACAACUUUCAAUAUUACUAGUAGGUUAAGUUUACAUACCUUUAAAUGGUUCCCCCAAAAAGGAUCAAUUGUUAGCCAGAACUGAAUAUUGAAACAUUAUUGUAAAUUCUGAUGGCCAAAAAAAAAUUUGAUGUGGGAGAAAGAUGUAAUUAUUUUACCUGAUUGUUGUAAUGAUUGAAAUUUGAAAAAUGCAUUCAUAUUUAAGCCUAAAAAAAUUUGUAGGUAACAUUUUGUUUUGUCUUUUAUUGUUCAUGUAUUUUGGAAAUGAAAACUGUAUGGCACAAUGAAUGUACAUGAUGUCAACAUCAUUUUAUUGUAAUUAAACACAAUGUACAUGCGGAUCGUACAGUAUAAGUUUGAAAUUUCCUAGAGGUAUUGUAAUAUAUAGGUACACUUGUACCCAGUCAUAUUUGUGCAUGAAUCAAUAAAGAAAGGAUAUUUAUACAAAUC